UGGAGUUGUCGUGUUUCCUCGAGACCUAGGGUUUUCACCCGGUCGAGAGAUGUAUUUCCCGAAGUCCCGUGUGAUACAUAUUUCCCGAAGUCCCGAAGGACGUCAUGGCGCGAGGGAGCAACGCAUAGUCUCUGAACACCCAUGGAAGGCACCGUGUGAUGCAACACUGUGUGGAGAAGAACUCUGCCACAGCGCGGGACAAUGUGAUGCGAACACGGCGAGAAGGCUUAAGAACGCAGCAAGUCGCCCGUGGCAUGCACGAAGGAGGCUAAGUGACCGUGCCGGUGAGGCGCGAUACGUGGACGGGCACGCGCGCGCGGGAGACGACGCGCGCGACACUGUCGGGGACGAGAUAGGGGUUGAACGCGCAGACGACGGGGUACACGCGCGAGCUUGCCUAGGCGCGCAAGGAUUAGGCGAGUUGCUGGACGCGUGCGCAGGAAUGGAACAUGAAGCCCUA